ACUGGAACGAUAUAUGAUAUAUUUGUGUAUCAAAAAUAUAUAAACAAAAAUAUGACAAGUAAUAAUACAACUAAUAAUGUUAAUGUAUUAUUAAGAAUCGAAAAGUAUAAUUUAGACGUAAAAAACAUGACCAAGAAAAUAGAAAUGGAAACAGAUUUAUCUCCAUAUCGAGAUAGUAAAAUUGAAAAAAUAUUAAUAUGCUUCUCCGUUUAUAGAAAUACGAGAGAAAUAUUUAAUACAAAACUAAAUGCCGGUGAAAUACCUGUCAUUCACGGAUUAAAAUUUUUAAGUAUGUUAUGUCAAAUUUUCGUUCAUAUUUUUUAUUUCUCAGCAGAAUUUGUCAAUAAUAAAGGAUGGUUUCUGAGAUAUAAUGGCAAUUUUUGGAUUAGUUUAUUUGAUACUUUAAUGUUAUCAGUCGAUUAUUUAUUUUCUUUCGAGCGGUUGUUUAGUGACUUAUUUGUAUCUGAGAGAUAAAAUGAAUAAAGAAUUGAUUAAGCCAAUUGGUUACAGAC